UUUGUGAAAAGUAUUGAGAUUCGUUAAAUCUUUUGGCUAUUAUUUCUGCGUUUUCGUUCUGUUAUUUCUCUGAUAAUCAAGGACUCCUCGGCGUACAUAAAAAAACCUAAAUUUUUCGUUGAAUUCGAUGAUGGGUUCGAAUGGAAAUCAAAACCGGAGAAUGGGUUCGGCCGAGGUUUCAGGUUCUUGCCGGAAAAGGAAGCGUCGGGGAUUAUCGGUGGAGGAUACAUUGAAGAAGUGGAUUGAUAAUCCUGACGAGAAGAAGGCUCGUAAGGCACCGGCCAAGGGGUCUAAGAAGGGGUGUAUGAAGGGAAAAGGAGGGCCGCAGAAUCAAAAUUGCCAGUACAGAGGCGUUCGGCAGAGGACAUGGGGUACAUGGGUGGCGGAGAUACGCCCACCCAACAAGGAGAAGAGACUCUGGCUCGGCACUUUCCCGACUGCUCUGGAAGCCGCUCUGGCUUACGACAAGGCCGCCGAGGCUAUGUCCGGCGACAAGGCUAUCCUCAACAUGCCUCAGGGUUCAAGCCACUCGGAUACUUGCGAUAAACAUGCCGGAGUCGGAGGCGGAAGUGAAACAACAACGCCGGAUUUCGAGUUCCCUGAUUCCGGCACUCAGGGUUCUAGCUCGGUCGUGAAUUUGUCCAAUGGGGUUUCAACGGCGGCGAGUACUUCUGUGGGUUCUGAUCCCACCGUGGAUGCAUCGAGCCACUCGGAUACUUAUGUGGGCGGCGGAAGCGAGACAACAACGGCGGCAGAAUUCGAGUUCCCAGAUUCCGGGACGCAGACUCAUAACUAUCUGGACGGAUUAGACAUUUUUGGCGACAUUUCAACUGAUCUUGGAGGAUGUGAUUUAUGGGAAGGAUGUGGAUUUCUUGAUCUAGAGUAG